CUUAUCGCCAGCGACUUAUGGCCGACAAUAAUCUUCCACCAGCGCAUUUAUUCUCACAUAUGGCAAGUCUUGCUUAUGAAAGAGAACCUAGACAUGUUAAAGCAGCUUAUGUGAACUUAUCUACACUAUUGC